UGAGACUGUCCAUCUGAGUCUGAAAAAUGAGAGCACUGAUCAUCUUCCUCCUCCUGACCACAAGCUUCUUUCAAAUCUCACAAUCUGUGCAGGUUACGGACAGUGGGUACAGUUUCUCCCUGGAGGCAGUGAAGACCCUGCAAAAGCUUAUGGAGACUGACAUGAGUACAAACCCACUACAGACCUAUGGCGACGCAACGUCCCUUUGUGCCAACCCUGACCUGCCAGGAGAGUUAAGGGUGCUGUGCGGAAAAGAUGAUGCUGACGAAGCCUUCCAACGUCUGGUUCAAAUCAUCAGUUCUACAGAUCCCUGUGAGAUCUGCGCCAACGUGGCCUGCACUGGCUGUUAGAGCGGACACACUCCCAGCAUCCCAGAGUUCAUUUCUACAUCCGUGCCAUCAUAUGUACCUAUACCUACAGAAGAGCAGGUGAAAUAUAACAGGGAAGUUGGUUUUCAAUGAAGAUACUGCCACCUAGUGAAUCUAAACACAAUUUAUAUUACAUUUACAUUAGACAAUGAUACAUUUCUAUGCAUGCAGAGUGUAAAAUCUGGGUUGUAGCCAGUAUUGUGCACCUCCUGACUAUAUUUUCCUAUUAGACCAGAUGAAGUUUAAUUAGUGUUUAAUUACUAUUUCUGAAUGGAAACUUUUUCCACACUGAAUACCCUUUUCUCUCUCUGAAAAAGCCUCUGAUUAUGUACAAGGAUUGCACAGAUUAUCCUUUGCGAACACAUAGGGAGAGAUCUGUUGUUGUUAACUGUGGUUAAAGUUAUUAAUGAGAUUGUACAAUCAUUAUAAGGUGAAUUACAAGGCAUAAUAAUUGCAUUAAAACUACUUUUAUGAUGCUUUAUACAUAAGGACUUUAAGUAAAGUGUUAGAGAACAAUUUUCUGGAAAGUUUUCUGGAUUAAGUGGAAUAGCUGUGGCAUAUUAUAGCACUUUGAAUUUAGCAUAUAUCAAAAAGUAAUCUUUAAAAACAAAGUGUCUAAAAUGUUAUCUCCUUUGUAAACAUUUUAACAGUUGCAACAAUGUUAAUAAAAUACUUGAAUAAUAAAAAAAAUUGACAUUACACUUUUAAUAAUAUGUCCUAUGUUCAUUUCAUUUCAAUGUCAGUCUAAAGUUUAUAAUAAUUAUCAUCAUCAUCAGACUCAAUGUAUUUACCUUUCUCUUACACUAGAGGACAGCACUGACCUAAAUUAUUUUUGGUCUUUUAUUGCUGUCCAGCUCUUGUGGAAUAUCAUAAACAUGUGUUGUGUCACUAUGGGAAUUUUGGGUACAUUUCAUUUCUACCAAGUGCCUAUUUAUUUAUUUAUUUAUGCAUAGCAACUAAAUAUCUUAGGCUGUAGGUAAUGAACUCAUAACCCCUCUUUAGCUCUUUAGUAAUGUUAGCUAAAUGUGUACUUGAAGAACAGAUGUAUUAUAUUUGUUUUCAAAUCUCAUGAUCUCGGUGUUUAUUGAAACACAUUUGCAUAAACAGCCUCCCCCAAACAAUUCAUGAUGCACUAAUAAGAAUCGUGCUGAAAAACAGUUUGUUCAAAGUUGUGCAUGACUAAAUGUAUUGACUAGGAGUGCUUUGACAACUUCUAAUUUGUGCAGUUUACAGCUCAGUUGAUCAGAUCGAAAGAAUUAAGCAUGUUUCCUGUCCAAAAGCAUCAAGCAUCAAGCCAUUUUUUCGCUUCACAAGCACAAAAUGAGUGUGAAUCAGGCAACCCCACUCAGAAUACUAACAGCUAAAGAGUUGUUCUGAGAGCCAGUUACGUAAGGAUUUCAAAGUGUUGUUUUCACAGGGAGCAGGGACCACCCUGUCUGUAUUUUAUUGUAACAUUUUUUUAUUUGGUUUCCAUAUUCAACAGAUCUCUCCCUCUGU